AUGGGUUGGAGACGUUCGUUUUUGUUCUGGGAAGGCACGUCAUUCUGUCUUCAACUGGUGGAUGGUGAUGGAGCGCGGUUUUACGGAUACGAACCCUACGAACCACAAAGCUGUCGGGACUGGGUCUAG